CUAGAAAAAAAACUAAACAAAUUUGAUCAGAAGAGGGAGGGCUGGGUUCAAAUGCAAAAAAAAAAUCGGACUACCUCCCAUAUACAGGAUGAAGCUGUGUUGUUGCUCGAAAAAUUGCAGGCCCUGGGGUUAAGGGGGGUUUUACUUCUCUCCAAGCCUGGAAAAAAGCAAAACAAUUGGGUGUCUGAGGUUUUGGCACCCCGCUGCCAGCUGAGUGAGACAUCACAUACAUGCCUUGAACGAAUUAAGGCCAUGUAUGAUAUUGUUAUUCAAGGCUGGAGCCCACAAGUAAUUCAAAGUUCAUCAGCCCCAGUUGAACCACCAACAGGACCACCAAUGGUCAUUUCAAAUCAGCAGGAAGCAGUGGUCCUUCUUAAUCCUCCAACAGCUCCAACAGGACCUCCAGCAGCCCUUAUUGGACCACCAAAGUCCCCAAUUGAACACCCAGUGUCCUCUUUAGCACCCUCUGUAAAGCCAUCCCAGAACCUGGGGAAAAGACCCCACUCCCCAGAAGGACCUUCAGCAGCCUCCCCAGUUUCCUUUGAAAAAGAUGAAGUUGUGGAAGGAGGCUGUCCUGCUCCCACUAUUGUGCGGCCGAAUAAAAGGAAAGUGAAAGUUGUGAAAGGAGGCUGUUCUGCUCCCGCUACAGUGCGGCCAAAAAAAAGGAAAGAAUGCCCACAUACAGUGACAGGGAGCCAGGGGUAUUACCCUGUGAAGAGCGUUGCCAAAUACAAAGUCAUUAAGGGUCAAAAAUGGAAGCAAGUGGUGUGGGAACCAUGCAAACUCUGUGGAAAGAAGUGGCCAUUGGAGUGGGUGGCGGAUAUGGACACCUGUUAGUGCUCCUGUCAGGAGCCCAAGAAGGUUGUGGAGCACUGUUUUUUGUGUAUAGUUUGCCUUUCUUCUUACUGUUGUGAAAAUAAACGCUUCUUGCUACUGGACCCUUUCAUUGCCAUUUUGGAGCACUUUUUUAUGAGCAUCCAAGACAACAUAAAAUAUAUCUGGGAAUUUAUUCAGAGAAUAGUUACAUAAAAAAUGAACUGAAGUCAUGGCUUUCAAGUAAUUUCUUACACUUAAAUGAAAAUAAGUCGGAGUUUAUUAUUUUCGGCCCCAAAGAAAACUGUGUUUUCGAUUUUGACCAGGGUUGUCUCUCCCCUUAUAACACUAAGUGUGCCAGAAAUUUGGGCUUCCUUUUUGACUCCAGUUUAAACUUUGAUAAACAGAUCUCCUCGGUUGUCAAAUCAUGUUUUUAUCAACUUCGCCUUCUCAGUAAAGUGAAGCCCGUCUUAUCCAGGAGAAAUUUGGAAACAGCUGUUCAUGCAUUUAUUACAUCGAGGCUUGAUUACUGUAAUUCUCUGUAUUAUGGUAUUUCUCAGGCUUCCAUCUCGCGUCUACAGUUGGUCCAAAAUGCUGCCGCUAGACUACUUGAGGGGAAGCGAAAGUUUGACCACAUAAAACCUAUCUUAAUGUCUUUGCACUGGCUCCCAGUAAAGUAUAGGAUUGAGUUUAAAAUUUUAUUAUUUGUCUAUAAAACUCAGAAUAACUUGGCUCCUCAAUAUUUAACUGAUCUUCUGACUCCGUACACUCCUUCUAGAAAUCUGAGAUCCUCUGACCUUGGCCAUCUUACAGUCCCUAAAGUUAAACUCAAAAAACGUGGUGAGCGUGCUUUUGCUGCUGCUGGGCCGAAGCUGUGGAAUAGCCUUCCUCCUGCAAUUAGGCAAGCUCCAUCUAUCUGUA